UGUUGUCAAACCAGCUGUCAGUUGUGGUUAUUGGCUUCAGCGUUUCGUAUUUUUUGUUUUCCUUUGUGAUUGUGCGUAUUCUCUAAACGGAAAACAUGAAGAACUUCCCAGUUUUCGUAUUUCCUGUGUCCCUUGAAUUUUAUCUUAGUGCUAGACACACGCACAAGCAGUUAUUGACUGUGUAUAAUCCUUACGAUUUCUCUGUGAAUUUUAAAGUGCUAUGUACAUCUCCAAACAAGUUUACGGUGAUAGACCCUGAAGGUGUUAUAGCCCCUCAAAGUUGCAUAGACAUUGUCGUCCGCUACACUCAGCUAGCUGUUACACACUGCGACACAACAGAAAAAUUCAGGAUAACCAUGUAUGACAGGAAUACACAGCAGGCAUUGGGCAAAAGAGAUAUUCCCACGAAGCUAAUAGAAGGCGAACCUUCAAACUUAAAUCCUGAGAGUAUGGGUGACAGCUUCCAUCCACUGACCACGAGGGCAGCUCCCAUCCGGCCUGCAGAGGAGCAACCACGAGUUUCUUGUCAGCACCCUUCACAUCACAGAGAGCAACAACCAGUAAACGUUGUAGCAGUUGCUGUCAGUAUAUGCUGCAUCGCUGCUCUCCUGCUACCAACGCAACCAGAGCAAGUCACCCAAACACAGUGGCCAGAAUGGCUCCACAUAGGUUCCAACCUCAAACUUGUCUUUUCAUUCGUUUUAGGAUUAGUAAGUAUGUUGGUACUAAGACCUUAGAAUCUACAAGAUUUAAUCAUACCUCUCAUUAGGUAUAGCAUUCAUAAAUCCAUCAGUACUACUGCUACACUUCUGUGGCGGUUUCAAGGAAAAUAUUAAGGUCAUCAUCAAAACUGUAUAGUAAAAUAUUGUGAUUUAUCUGGUAGAAGAAUUUGUUUAAAUUAAAUUACAUACAGCAGAAACACACAUCAGCCUAUUUAAUUCAAUCUCUAAAUUAUUUUAGUCUAAAUCAAUCAUAUUCAUGAACAGGGUAAAUAUUAUAGACACUGGCAGCUGCAUGUUUAAACUAUGUGUUGUCUUAAUAAGUGCUCUGAGUUUUAUAGAACUGUUUAAAAAUCCUGAAAUUCUAAUAAUAACAAUAUUUUUAAUGUUACAUUGAAUGUUCUUGCUUCUACUUAAGAUUUAUUCACUGCAUCUCUUUACUGUAUACUCAACACCAGGCAGGGAUGUAAAUUCUUUUUUGUGCAUCCAUGCUGAACACAUUAUCCUUUUGGUGCUGGUUUUCGAGUGGGAAAUGUCCUUCUAUGGAUAGUUAAAUUAAAAUUAAAUAUCCCUUUUAGCAGGGACAUUUUUUUACCUUGUGUUGUGUGGGGCUGUGGUUUGUCACGUGUUAACACUUUAACUUUAAAAAGUGUUAAUCUAAAACAUGUCAAGUAAAAAAUUAUGAAUUGAUUUAUAAUUUUAUUUUGGUCUUAAUAUUGUGGUGCAUGUUAAAAUAAGAGUAGAGUUUGUUUUCUCAUUACUCUAGCUAGGUGCUGUUUUAUUUUGUGAAUUAGGGCUCUGCUUUCUUGAACGUGAUGGUACACCUCCAUUUUACAAAACAAGUGAUAUUUUUGUAGUAAUUUUGAAAACAAGAUACGACGCAACUUUUGGGGUUGAGUUUACAAACAAACAAGAGCUUUUAUUUUUAGUGAAGAAAAAAUUUCAACACGAUAAUUUCGCAUAGGAUUGAUAGAAAAUUGAAUCACGUUCAAGGCAGCAGACCACCUGGAAUUGAUAUUUUAAAAAUGAAUUAAAUUUUUCACUUAGAAAUUAAUCUAUCUAUAUUAUGUUCUAUUUUAUUGUAUUCGAAUUUUGCAAACUUACAACCAUGCGACAUAUUUUAAUCUGAAAAACUGACUACUUGCUGUAUCGCGACUUUAUUGAGAAAGUAUUACACUUUGGUUGUAAAUAUCUUUAAGUAAUGUAUUUUAAAUUAGCUUAGUGCUUAUAAAUAUUUGAAGAAAAUCCAUAAUAGCUGUAAAUAAAUUGAUGAUUAAACCUAAGGUACAGAAAAAAGCAUUUAUUAAAAUUAAAAAUCCAUGACUACUUAAACAGACUUGUAAAAUAAUUUUAUCAAAUUCGAAAUUGGUCUACAUUUGUUGUAAAAUAAGUUUACGUAUUAAGUUGUACUUGUCCUAACUUUUUACCUUUAAAAUUCUUUGUGAUUUGGGACCACCAUUGAUGUGUUAUGCCAAAAAUAUGACUAAUCAGAACAUUGCCUUUUAUAUUGUUCCUGUAUGGCCGCUUGUAAACAUCCGUUUUUUUCACCGGACAACGGCCCGAUUUUUUCGCCGGAUAUAGUGGUGGUGUAUGGUUUAAAAUGAACGUGUGCACAUGCAUCGGACAUAGGUCCGGCGAGAAAAUUGACAGCUAACAAAGGAUAUCCGUUUUUUGACGGUCCGUCGUCCGGUGAAAAAACGGAUGUCUACAAACGGCUUAUCUCAUUGUAUUUUUCUAUUGGGAAUGAGUAUUUUUGCUACUUAUUUGAGAAGGAUAUCGACUAAUUAUAAAGAAAUUUUAAAAGUAUGCUCUUAAUCAUUUAUUUUCGUAAUUAUAACAAAAAAACGACAGCCGAGUUUAAGAUCACAAUACAAUUCCCUGCGUAUAAACAUUGAGCAAGUAGAAUUUCGAUUACAUUUCUGAUUUCUUUAAUUCCAUAUUUUAUUGUCUGCAAUUAACAGCCACUUAACAAUUAAAUAGUAAGUACAUAGGUAUAAUAGACUUUAGUAUCACAAUACGUCGUUUAUAAUUAUUUAAAGUACAAUGAU